AUGGUCCAACGUCUCUGGCGAUGUUCUCAGCGUGGACCUGACGUUUUCCAGGCGACAACGGUCACCCAGGAGCGUUCUGGUUGACCGAGGUCCUUGCAGAAGCUUCAGGCUUCUGCGCCUUCAAUUUCUUUGUGAAUUUAAUUUUUUUCAGUUUCGUCUUUUUUCGGAUUUUUCGGAUCUUACAUUAGUUUUAAGCUUUCGAUUCUAUCAAUGAGUUUUGAAAGUUGGUCCAAAAGCAUGUUUUUUGUCCCUUUUUCUAUUAUUUCUCUAAUUUUCAACUUCUCAACCUUUCAACUCGACAAAGAUCAUAAUGCAGUAAGUAAAUUGAAGUGGGGAAAGUAGAAGGAGAGGAAAAUAUAUAUCAAAUUGGCCGCCGGACGGUGAAUAUUUCAUUUUGCCACGGAGCCGUCGCCUAAUUCGCCGAGCCCUCGUUUCACACAAUAUUUCUCUUCUAUCGCUUCUGUUUUUUUUCCUUCUUACUUCUGUUCAACUUUUUAUUACCUUUUUUGUGGGUUUGAACCAUUUUUUUGAAAAAAAUUUUUCCAGAUACUCCACUUUUAAGUCAAGUUUAAAAACUGGUAGGGAGAGCUUGAAAUUUCGUUAAGGGUUGAUUAUUGUUUUACUUUGUUUCUAAGAAACAUGGUUUGAUUUUGAUAACAGAAAAAAAAGAGUUUCAAUAUUUUUCGCGGUCGAAAAACAUGAAAAACAGUUCGAAUACUCUGUUAAUCUUGACUUUCAUCCAAACAUUUUUUUCUAUGUUAUUAAAACUACAUAUAAUCUUUUUCAAGGUUGAAAAAUCUGCUCGAAAAAAAUUUCGUCAAAAAAACGUCUUAAGUUCGAUUUCUCUUCUCGUUUUUUUGAUUUUUUUCACGACAUUUUUGGGCAAACAAAUAUCAACGGGUUCAUGGGACUUCAUCUCUGAUUUUCAACAUUAAGAAACUCUCUUUUGCCUCCAAGGGUCAUAGGUUCGCAUCCUUUAUCCGUUUUUGCCAUUUUCAUCUCCUUUUUCUUCCGAGAACAAAUUUCACUUCAUUCAUAUCAUUUUACACCGAAAUUCUCACCAAUCUUCUCCAGAUUCCAUCAAGAACGUUAUCCGACCUUCUCUAAAUUGCUCGAACAAGCAAUUUGUCGCCAGUUUGCCCUUUUCUCCGUAUCUUCGCCAAGAAUCGUAGUCGCCGAUUUCUAAUUUCACGUCCAAAAUAUCUAAAUUUGAUUCAGUUGUGUUGCGAGGUUCCCCUUGUAUGUCAAAAGUAAAAAGUUUAAAUAAAAAAUAUCACGUUUCCUUGAACGGACUCGAACCUGCGCAGUUUCAGACCAAUUUGUCUCCUAUAUAUCAACCCUGAGAUCUUCUGAUUGCAAAAAAUGCUUCUUCUUGUUUUUUCCUGUUAACUAGGAACAUAUCCAGCUCUCAUUGCUGUCUCAGAUUCUUUUUUACAACACAAAAUAUCUCUAUGGAAUGCCCUGGGGCAACUCUUCCUCUUCAGCUUCUCCUUCUUCGUCGUCGUCGUCUUCUUCUACUUGUUUGUGUCACAUGAAGACGUCGUCGUGUGGCUUCGAUUACACUUCUUCGGAGGCCUCCUGUCGUCUUAUUUUUGGACAUUUGAGCCGCCAUUUUUGGUUUUUCCCUGCCCAACUUCAGCCGCUUAAUUAGGUCUUUGUAUAGUUUAUCAGACUUUUCUUCUGAAGUACCAUUGAGAAAACUUGCUAAGUUUUAUUUCUGAUUCAGGUCGCUGUGACAAACAUUCAGAACACCGUAAGAGUCCACUAAAGAUGUGAAAAACGCCGAGAAUCACAUUAAAUAUUAGAUGUACAAUCACUUGACGGCUAAAAAUAAAUAAAAGUGUACUCAGAAAUUUUCGGGCAAUACUUCCGAAUCGCCCGUGGCAACGCCAGUGUCGGCGCCAUUCUAAUUUCAUUUUUUUUUCAGAAGUUUUUUCUAGAAUUUGCCCUUUUCUAUUGAGAUUUUCCUUACUUUUGACUUGAGAUCCGAUUUUUUUGUUAAACAGAGAACAAAUGACGCUUGUUUGAAUCUAUAAAAUAAACUUUAAAUCUCAUUACCGCUCUCAAACUGUUGCUUUUCGCGUCCGACCCUAAACAUCCUGCGCUCGAAAGAUUCAGAAUGCAAUAAAGCAGGCCGCAACGCGACCGCGGCACUUUGAACCAUUCCAAGUGCGGCUACGGGGAUUUCAAGUGGUAUUGAAAAGGAUGUGUUUAGCUAGGUUUAGUAUUUCUUUUUGAUUUCCAAAAGCAUAUUCGAAACUUCAGGCUUAUGAGAAGUCCGAGGUUCAAUUCCAGCUACCGUUUUUGCCAUUUUUGAUCAUUUUAAGGUUAUGCCAAAAUUGCGGACUCUUGAUUAUAGGUUAUAUAGGCCCUCAUUAUCAAUUUCGGAGAUCUUGAACUUUUUUCUUUUUUUUUAUAACGUCAAGAUUGAUUUCGAAGCUCCGAAAAUUUUGAUUUUGUCUAGUCCAGCUCACCUUUAUUGAGAUUUCGAGCCAGUUGGUCAAUUUCGAAUCAUUAAAGUUCCGAAUUCUAAACAUUACUCGUCCAAGACAUUAAGUUUUGAAAAUGGGAGCUCUUUCCUUUGAUUUCAUCAACUUCGAGGUGGAGUUAGAAGCUCUAGAAGCUCAAUCUCUUCCUCAAAGACUCGUCCAGCUCACUGUUCUUCCAAUAUUCACCAUCCCAGACCUUUUUCUUACUUUUUCAUUCAGUUCAAAGCUCGGAUUUCUCUCCCGAAACUUGGCUUCGAUGUUUGCGCUCCAAAACUAGUAGUAUAAUUGAGGAGCGGGAGCAGAUAUCCUUCCCAGUGUCUGUUAGUUUUUAUCCUUUUUUUUUGGGAUGGACGCUUCCUGGAAUUAAAAGGCGAAGAGCGAGAAAAGGAUGGCUCCUGGCGAGCGGCCAAUUAAAAAAAAGGAAAAAAGAAGAAGAAGAGCGGAUCGCGUGAUGUGAUGAGCUAUCCGACCAGAUGAGACAUUCCGACGCCUUCUAACUUUUGCACUUCUUCUUCUAACUUUUCUUUUUUUAGAAGGUGAAGCCUUCUGGGAACUUUAAAGACGAAGAGCCCGAAUUACCUUCGGAAGAGGGCUUCGCUUCAAGACCUUUCUACAUUCAAUCAAAACAUUUUCAUCAAACUACUUAUAACGCUCUUUGCCCGGCACCUCCAGAUGCGGUUUUAUACCUUUUUUUCAAAAAAAUUGUAUUUUCAUUUUUUCAAUUGCAAGUUUUUUUUUUGAAGGUUGAGUUUCAAUUCUUUCUAAACGGAUUUUUUUUUUGAUACACUUAGCAGUUUUCGUCCAUUUUUUAUCUAUAUUAAAUUUCAUUUCAAUAGUCAACGCUUUUUUUUAACACAAUUUUGAUCGAUUUUUCCUUUUCUGUCUUCUGGAAUGGAAACCAAAGUUCAAUAUCGAAGUUCUCAUUAUCAACCAAAAUAGAAGUCCUUUUGAUUUUGAAGAGGAAAAAUAUUUUCGAAGCUUCCGACCUUUUUGUUAUCAUUUUCGCGCUUUUCUUCUUCAUUUUUCACCAAUUUCUCACUUCAUUCAUCGCUUUUGUCAAAUCUUGAUAAAUUUCAUGAAAAAUCUUGUAAAAGGGUGACUUGGGCCAUGCACAAAUGUCGGCCGGCGUCGUCGUUUCGGAAGAAUUUCGGGUUUCCGCUCAAGGUGAGUGAGCACCACGCGAAAUCGCCGGUUCGUCAUUGAUCCUUCCAUUUACCUGCCAAGUUUGGGCUUGCUGGGAAGAUCUUGAAAUUUCCUCUCGAAGGGUGUUUGUUUCUCAAAAUGUGAAGUAGUUGGAGGGAAGUUAUGGCUUUUCGGAGAAUAAGUAUCAGUAAACUUUUGAUUUUUUUUUCUGAAUUUCUAUGUUUCCUUGAUGUGAAUAUCUUGAAAUCAUCUCUAUCAUGGUAUUGAUUGAAAAAAGUUUUGAACAGCUUUUCUUCAUUUUCUUUGAAGAAACUCUGCUUUUUGGGAAAAUCAAUAAUUUUUAGCCUUUUUACUCUUUUCGAAAAAAAAUACUUUCAGGAACUUUCUCUUGUUCCAAAUCGACCGGCCGUCUCGCCACCGCUCGUCUCACCUCUUGGUUCGUCGAAAUUCCUUUUCACAGCACUUAUCCUGAAAAAUAUUUUCCAAUAUUCAUCAAAUGAACGCUUCAAGUUUGAGCAAAAUCUGUUCAAAAAGUUUUAUUGGGCUUAUAAAAAAAUCAGUUUGUAUAAAAGUAUUGAGACAAAAAGCCGUGCGCAGUGGAAUUUUCGAACUUCCUGGACUUCUACGUCUUUGAAACCUCAGGGCAAACUUUGAAUGAACUUUUUUUUUUACAAAAGCUGAGCAGAAAACAAAUAAAUCAGCUAAAAGUGAAAAAAAUCAAAGGAUAAAAGAAAAAAAUAGCUCAACGGACAAUGGUACGCCUAGGGUUAGCUCUCUACAAGGAGCUUGCACGGUGCGAGCACUGAUUUUGCACUACUUUGCUGCACGGUGCAAGUUGUCGUUUUGCACCUCGCAGUUUUGGGUCUUUUUCAGUGCGUAUGAGGUGCAACACCGCACGGUGCUGACACUCCGAAUCAGAAAAUUGGGUAUUCGAAAUCCUGUCAAUUCAGUCUAUUUCCAUCAGUUCUACAUGUUAUUUAUACUUUUUUUUUCGUUUUAGUGAUGAUUUUUUUCGUUAGAAAAGUCGGAUGAUGAAGAAAGAAAAGGCCUAAAUUGAGUAGCAAAGCAUGUUUAGUUUUGUGGUCCAGAGUGUCAGCACCGUGCGGUGUUGCACCACACCCGCACUGAAAAAGACCCAAAAUUGCGAGGGGCAAAACGACAACAUGCACCGUGCAACAAAAAAGUGCAAAAUCAGUGCUCGCACCGUGCACGCUUCUUGUAGAGAGGGCCCUAGAGCAGGUUUGUGCGAGGGCCGGCCCGUCAGCCUAUAGUCCCCCUGGUCAUUUUCUAAGCCCGGCCCGGCCUUAGCGUGGCUUUGAAAAAAAAUGGCCGGCCCAAAGAGCUCAACUUUUUUCAAGUCAAAUAUUGAGUUUUUUUUUACGUUAAAAGUCACGUUUGUCUUAUUUUUUCACGUAGAUUUUAACAAAAACUAUGAUUUGAAAUUUAAAAAAAAGUUUUGGACGAAAUUUAAACAAAUUUUUCCGAAGCCUUGUCUGGCCCAAGCAUGCGCAGGCUUUUUUCAAAAAAUGAGGUUCUAAGCACGGGCCGGGUCGCCCGCCCUGACGCACAAGCUUGCCUUAGAGGGAAAUGUUCAAGUUUUUUUUUCUCAUUUUUCAUAUAUGAAUAUUUUCAAGGACCUGGAAAUGGACCUGUCCCGCUCGAAAAGAACUUCCAAAUCCUCGAUUUUCGGCUCCAAUGUGGCCAUUGGAGUGUUUUUCAACGCUCGAAGCCAGUUCGGCGACAAGGUUCUUCUUUUUAAUUUUUGAAGGAAAAAUGAAUAAACAUAAUUUCAUAUAUCUUAUAACUGUUUCUCAUUAACAGAAACAUUUUUUUUCCUUUUUUUCAAAAAAACUUUAGGAAAAAAAUCAAGGUUUUUACAGGAGUUUUCUCCUAAAAUGACGGUUUUAUUAAAAGUUUGACAACUUUCAAUAAAACGUCUUUUUUUCGAUUUUUUUUUAAAAUUUCACAAAGCUAAUAUUUUUUUCAGGAAGCCUCGGUGUUGGUUUUUUUGACAAGAAAAACGAACAACAUAAAAGCGCCGCCGAGGAUCGGCCGGAUGAACAAGUUCGCCCUGUCGGACCUCAUCAAGUUUAUCGAUAUUUCGAUUUUUGAAAUUUCGCUAGUUAUUUAUUAAAUCAUGAUCACACUCGAAAUACAUCUAAGUUGCGCCCGACUUAAAACAACUUGCGCUCUAGACUCUCAAAAACAUUAUUUCGAUCUUAUGUGUCUCCCCGACGCUUUGAGCCAUUUCAAGAGCAUCCACGCCUUUUACUUUUAUUUGAAAAAGGAAUGUCAUUUUUAAAUCAUCAUUUCGGUUCUUUUCUCAACACUAUCAGAAAAAAAAUUUCGCGUAGCUUUGAAUAUUGAUAAAUUUAGAAAUAUGUAAUUUUUUUUAGGUACGAGGUGAACCAACUUUGCGCCUUGAUCCACCCAAGAAUCCUACAUACUCAGCAUGGAUUGGAAGAUUCGAAGUGAGCGAAUUUGUUAUCAAUAGAGCAAGAUUGAUUCUUCAGAGAUUUCAUGGCGUUCGCCACGGAAAUGAUUUAUUCCUCGUUAGAUACGGUAGUCACUGAGGAGACGGUGGAUCGGCUCGAGACCAAGUUGGGCGUCUUGCAGGUUCCUUUUUUUGUGAGAAUCGUUGCGAAAUUGCUCAUUUUGAUCCAGAAUAACCCUUUUUUUCUUGAUGAUUGAUACAAAUGACUGCGAAAAUCGUCGUUUUCGAUCCCAUUUGGAGCAUUUCGAGAUUGAUAGAUACCUUGAGGUCAAGAACGGUUUGAGAAAGCUUGAAAAUCGAAGAGAAAAGGCGUUUUUAAGAGUAAUUUUGAGAUCAUACAGCGAUUACUGAUCCAAAAAUUUCCUUAGACGACAAUUAAAUGGAUAAAUAAUUCUCAGAUCAUCGACGGCCUCUCAUAUCUGCACAAUUCGGCGAAAAUCCUCCACGGAAACCUGACGCCAGCCGCGAUAUACGUGACCAACACGAGGCUCUGGAAAAUCGCCGGCUUCAUGUUCGCCGUCAGCGCCAAGGAGCCUGUUCGUCUCUGCAUUUUUUGAGGAUUUUCAGCAAAUGUUAAGAUGAACAUUUAUUGAAAAUUAUGUGUGACCUCAUCGUUACAAUGUAUUCCCGAUUCACAGCUCACUUGGGUCGCCAAGUGGGCGUGGCCUGUCUGUGCUCUCCACAAAGCACACACUGUUUCUUUUCUUCAUCUUGACAAGACCCUUUUUGUAAGCCGUGAAUUUUAACUUUCUCAUAGCUUCUUGGUCUUUUUUAAAAUGGGUCUUCAAAAAUACUCUUUGAGCUUUUUCAAACGAGGCAUGUGACGAAAGGCUUUUUGAAGGUUUCCUAUCUUUUUUUCAUCAUUUUCAAGUCUGGAAGAGUUCCAAUUUUUCUUUCCAGUAGAGCGCCUUCUUCAACCUAUUUUUCGAAAGCAAAUAAAUAAUCAUUCAUCUUGAAGAACUCCUACCCGUGCUUCCCCUGGACGAAAAAGCUGCCGCCGUGUCUGCAGCCGGAUCUGGAUUUUCUGGCUCCGGAAUACCUGGCCGCCAAUCAACACACCGUCACCUGCGCCGCCGACGUCUUCUCCCUCGGCGUCUUGAUUUGUUGGAUCUAUGCUGGUUCGUGAAAAGUAGCACUGCAAAGGCGCUCAAUAUUUCGAAUUUCUCUCGAACUCUAAAAAUUUCGAAUUUUUUUUCUUGUAAUCUGUUCACAUUUUGAAUUUCAAGUUCAAUGACGUCAUUUAAAAACUCUCUGUGGGUGGCUUGUUUUCUGAUUGGUUCAUCCAUUAGGGGCGGAGCUUCAGCGACGACUUAACAUUCAAAAUCUGAACAGACUGCACUUGACGCAUCGGAAAAUUUUGAGAGCCAUUUAUUUUUUCCUUCCAGGCGGCAAGAAAUUGAUCGACGCGAAAAACAACCUCGAGACAUAUCAAAUCAUCUGCGGGCAGGUGAUAAUUUAUCCUUGCAAAAAUAUAAUUUUUAAUUUUUCAGUUGAAUGAAGCAUUGAACUGCAUAUCCGAGGAACUCGGACCGAAUCUGAAGGAUUCUCUGAGCAAAGUACUGAGUUUGGAAGUCGACGUCAGGCCUACCGUUCAGCUUUUGUCAUUGGUAAGGUUAGACCCAAGUGACCUCUUAAGGGGACUUGAUUCGGUUGAAAUUUCGACUGGAGAGUUCAAUCAAACAAUCAAUCAAUCAAUUUGUUUAUUUUUCGCGACAUCGGGAUGGUAUGGUGAUGUUGCAGGGAGGGAAAAAGACCACUAGGUGGAUUAACUAACCCCACCUGUGAAGAAAAAAGUUUUUUUUGUGUAAGAAAAGAAACAUAGAAUCAUAAUAAGUAGAUAUUUAAAACCAAGUUGAUUAUGGCACAAAUCUGUGAACACUUGAAAGAAUAUGCUCGACGCCAACAUUUUCUGCAUACAUUAAAAACAGUUCCUCGAAGUUUCGAAAAAUGAAACUGAAGCGAAUUCGUGGCUUCGAAGUGAUUAUAUUAUCCGUUUUUGGUUACUUGAAAGGGAGGGAUUUCUCUGCUCCCUCCGCGUCUCUCUGCGACUCUCUCAUGUUGACGUGCUGUUUUCAUUCGAAAACGGUAUUCUGUUUCUGAAUGUCAAGUCGUCGCUCUAACCCCGCCCUUGAUGGCGCAAUGAACCAAUCAGACAGCGAGCCACCCACAGAGCGUUUUCGAAUGACGUCAUUGCAUAGGUAAAACGGAAAAGUUCCUUUGAGGAUCCUUAAAGGAUCCAGAGAGGGAGAUAAAAAGCUUCCUCUAAAAGCUCCUAAAUGAUGUAAAUUUUAUGCUUUUGAGCACCUUUUUCAUAGGAUCCUUUUUGAAUCCUCUCGAAUCUUUUUAGUUGCUUCCCAGCAUCCUUUUUGUUAGAGGAUGUGAAAAGAUGCAAAAAAUAAUUGAAAUGAUAUAAAAAAGAUCUGCUGGGGACCCUUUCAAGGGCUUUCUUAGAGAAAAGCUUUUGGGGAGCUUUUCAGUUUUGGCCGAGUGUACUGGAAAUUCGAAAUCUGAACAGACUGAAUAUCAUUGGAAUAUAUUUUUUUAUGUUUUAUUGAAAAACCUCGAGGGAGUUCUACAUGCUAGAAGUGACUUUUUGUUUCUUCAGACUUUAGGCUUGAAUAGGAUUACCUUGAACUUCCUAGUAUGAUCUCAAGUGUCUCAAAAUUGUUAUGAAACUUCGAAUAACGUUUCUCUUUUAAAGUUACACAACUACAAAAAUCCAAACUGAAUAAAAAGUUUCAGAUCAAGCACUUCGACGAUCCGGCUCUAUCUGCACUGCGACAGUUGGACGACAUAUCCCAAGUCUUCGAUCCGUCACAAAAAUCCCAUUUUUUGAGCCACACCCUGCAUGCGGCUCUUCCCAACGUUCCUGAGGUGCUUAUCAUUGACUUCGUCAGAUUUUUUGAUUUUCGGUGCUGAAAAUUGAUUACAUUUAUUUAUAUUUAUCUAAACUUUAUCGUUUUUCGAAAAUUCAUGCUCAUCAAACGUUUUUUUUCAAGAAAAUGCGCUCAAUUUAUAUCACUUUCCAGAUCGUCUGGUUCACACGGGUCCUGCCGCGAUUCAACGAGCAAUUGUUCGAUUCAGUGGAAUUGUGCUCGGCGAUCGCCAAACCGCUCUUUUUUAUGUUGGAACACUGUGAAAGUCACAAUAUCCACAAGCUCAGGACCUGGAUGCGGAAAAUUAUGGAUCAGACAUCGCAGAAAUCGGUGAAAAUCUUGUAAAAUAGUUAGUGUGGGCAAAAGUGCACUUUUUCUCGGUUUUUAUGAGAAGUUUUCAGACAGAACAAUCCUUAAAAAUUUCGUUUUAAAUGAUGUCAUAGGAUAUUUGAAUGCCAAGUAAAUCUUUCCAUUUUUGCAGCUUCGAUAAAAAAAAACGGAGGCUUAAGCGAGAAAAAAGUUUCAAAUUUCGACAAUUUCUUAAGUAUUUUCUCUUCAGAGAAUUUUUCGAGAAAAAAGCAAAAAUAAAAAAAUUUCGAGGCCCUUGAGAAAUCUCUGCGUCAUCGAACUCUCUCCCCUAGUUCCAAUUAUCCGAUUUUAGGAAUGUAGAGGGAAAAGAGCAAAAAUAAAUUUGUAGCGCCGUAGGCGUUUCUGCAUAUUACUCCAAAAAGAAUAAAGUUCACGUCAUCCGUUUGGAUUUUUCGUCUCUCUCACCUCUCUGAUGACUACAAUUAACGUGUUUGACGUCUCUAACUGAAUAAGGGCGUUUUAAUUGACUGAGAUAUAAAUAUAUAUUGUAUUCUUUUUCCCGGCACCCCUUUUUUUGUAUUUACAUCGGUUUUUUUGGCGUAUUUUCUUCUAAAUUUCUGCUUUUCUGAAAGAAUUUCCGUCGAACAAGUUUGAGAGAUGAGUCUAAGUUCAGAGAGAAAAGUGAGAAAAAAAAUUUUUAAGUUUUAGAAUACUAAAUUCUUUCAUUUGAAGCUGAUAAUAUAGGUAAGUUUCACGCAAAAUACAGUCAAAAACUCAAUCUAAUCAUUUGAAAAGUCAUCCCGCUGGAAAAUAAAUGCAAAAUUUAGACACCUAAAAAUUCAAAAAAAUACUUUUAAAACAAAAAACGAAAUAUAUCUCCACAAAGCUUUCGACGUUCUAAAGUUCGGUUGAAAAUUUCAUUGCGUUCGUUUUGACAUCACGUUUUUUGUUUGCAUAGCUAAAAAUCGCCCAAGGCAAAAUUCCUUCGAGUUAAAUCUUUUCUUGGAUUCGCUAGUAGCUUUUUUCACAGUUAGUUCUUUUUUAAUUAAAUUUUAGAACCUUUUUUGAAUUUUUGAUUAGUAUUUUGAGAGAAAAAAAAAAGAAAAAUGAUAUAAUUUUCCAGCUUCGAGCAUUUGUCCUGGAAAACAUGUCGGUGCUGUUCCGGCGGCUUUCCGACGACCUCGUGGAGGACAAAUGCAUGGAUUUGAUCGUUCAUUCGCUCAAGUCCGACGACACCAGUGUACAGGUUCGUUUUCCGUUUAAAAGAGAACGUGUAUUCAAGAAAAGCUGAGAAAACGAAAAGAAAAUCGGAUAUGUUCGAAAUGCGCAAUCGAUCCGCAGAACAAAGCACCUUUUCAAUGGGAAAUCCAUAUAAUAUGAAUUCGGAUGUUAGGUGUUCAAUCAUUUGAGAAAAAUAGAAGGAAAGUAAUACCGUGUGCAAAGUAACUCUCAUGAAAGCAAAAUGGUCUCUGACUCUCCAAAAUUUAGUUAUAUUUUUCUAUUUGUGACGCCUUUUUUUUAUUUCAUGGAAUCACUUUGAUCACGGCAUAGUAACUUUUUUUUUUCAUGAUUCAUUGAAACAUUUUCAGUCUUCGGCAAUACGAGGCCUACCACAUGUCGCCGAUUACCUUCCCCUCAGCUUCAUUAAUAAGAAGCUGAUGCCAGCCUUCAUGUGCCUUCCGCCGUAUCUUCAUGAUAACGUUCCGGUGAAUAAGAUAUAGAAAAUCUCUUGAAAAAAGUCUACUUCUUAAUGUCCAUUAUCGAUUUUACAAAAUUAUUUUUUAUUUUCUGAAAAUUUCGUCGUUGAACUUCAUCCUUCAACAUGUUCAGUUAGAUACACAGUUUUUCUAGCUAUCUUUUCUCGAUUUUGAAUAUUUUCUAGAGACAACUGGACCUUUUGGCGACGUUGGCUCAGCUUUCGGACCGCUGUGACAACGCUUCGCUCCAACAACUCAUGCAGUGUGUAUCGCUGUGUUCAGCUCAUCAUCCUGUCAUCAUCCAUGCCAAAUCUAGUGAAUAGAGACCCUGAAGACCGUCUUGAAACGCGAGAUUUUGUAGGGAUUGUUCAAAGGAUCGUGACACGGGACCCCGUGAGGAUGCGCGAUGCCCAGCAAGUUUGCGUUCAUUUGUUGAACCCGCUCGUCAUUGGCCUUUCUUGUAGAGAACUGAGGUAACUCCUAAAUCUAAUUUAAGAAUUCAUAGGUAUUUUUGCUCUUUGCUUCGAUUGGGAGCUUAAAACACAGCGAAUAUCCAUUCUAUUGAGGCUAUUCAUUCAAAGAUUUUUAACCUUCCAAUUCACGCUCUUUUCAUACCUCUAAACAAAUUUUAACCUUCAGAAGUUCCUUGUGAUUUUUGAAUGUGAUCCUUGAAUUUUUUUUAAGCUCCGCCCACUUUGAUGACGUCAUGAGCAGCGUGAGGAUCUUAUUGGACGUCGUAGAGCAACUCCGCUAUGAGAACGACGAUCGGCAGCAACAACAGCAACAUUUGGGCCUCGGGUGAGUGGUUACGGUAGAUUGUGUACCGUAUCGAGAGAAGGGAAACGGCUACAGUAGGGUUUAGAUUGAUGGAGAGCAUUAUAUGGUUCUCAGUAGUGGAAAAACAACCUUUCGAGAGUAGUUGAUUUCUAGAUAUUUCUAGAUUUUAUUCAGUGAAAUAGAAAAUUGAAUGAAAAGCUCACAAGAAGCCUUGAGAUUCAGAAAUUUUCAAGUUUGGGAAGGGGGAGGAAGGAGGAGAAAAUACUGAUUUUUCAGAAGACUCGGCAACCGGCGCGUGUCGAUGAGCAGCACCAACUUGCCGAGGGUGAUGAUCAGCGCGGCGAGGCCUUCUUUCUCGAGUGACUCGAGGAAAAUGUCGUUUCUCUCGGCUGAUGGCCGACUGGAAGACCGUGGAAGGAGGGAAUCACGGGACAGUCGCGGAUCUUUGGAGAGCGAUAUGAGUAUUCGGAUAGGUGAGGGGACAGAGUUUUCUAACAUUACCCGAGAAAUUCAGAAGGAUUCUCUUCCCGUAAAUUCAUUUUGAAACUUGAUCAUUACAUAUUGUCUGUUCACAUUUUGAAUGUCAAGUUCGAUGACGUCAUUCGAGAAUGCUCCGUGGAUGGCUCGCCUUCUGAUUGGUUUAUCGCGCCAUCAGGGGCGGAGCUUGAGCGACGACUUGACAUUCAAAAUCUGAACAGACUAUACAGAAUGGCGGCACUUUUGCUCCAGCUUGUUUGUGAUUUUUAAAAAUAUUUUUUUAGUUAUUUUUUAGUUUUUUAAGUCGAUUUCUUAAGAAUGGCUGGCUCAUUAAAUUACCUGGAAAAAAAACGGAAGCUUGGAGCUUUUUGAGAAUUUCGCAAUAUCCUAGUAUUUUAUGAUUCAAGUGGGCCGGAGAAAAUUCCACCAUUUUAUACUGCCCGUUUUUGAGCGUUUCAGGAUAUGUACAAGUUUUUUCUCAAUAUACUUCCGAAUCAAAAAAAAGUAGAAAUCUCAUAAAAUACAGGAAAAGGCUGAAACGUAUCGUUUGCAGCUUCAGGCAACGGGUCGGACAUUUCGGACGACAGCGUCCACUCGGGGAACUCGGCGCGAGGCCGGCGGCAGUCCUGGCUCGAGAACUACGGUCAUUCCGUGUCGCUGGAGCAGAAUUCCUCCUUCCUCGAGACUGGCUUGAGGGGAAUGGAUCGCAAUUUAAGGUAAGGACUUCCUUCUCCGCCAAAGAAUGAGUUUUUUUAAAACUUGGUUAAUCGGAUAAACUUUUAUAUGGUGAUCGUGCAAUUUUUUUAACACUCUCCGAGAUUUUCGAUUAACCGUUGGUACAAAAAUUUCAACUUUGUUCCUGAGAGCUCUUCUUGCUAUCAUAGAUAGUGAACAAUCUCUUGAAUAUUUAGAACCAGGUUUUAUUAGGCUCCGCCCACUUUCAGGCUUACUGUAUAAAAAACACCGUAAAAACCAAACUUUUUUCCUAGUGGAUCAAAUUGGUCCAAACAAAUUUUAAAACAAAAUAGGUUCUCAUUUGAACAUUUAUAGUUAUAGAACUGACCCGGGAAAAAUUUUCUUCCAGAAGAAAAAAAUUAAAGUUUUUUGAAAAAUGACGAUUUUCGCAGUCUUUGAUUCAUAACUGCUACUAGAACCCCCUGAAUGCCUGGAUUUUUUUAUUUUUUUCAAUCGACGCAUUAGGGUCUUGUGAGUAGAGGAAAAAUGUCUAGAAACUCUGAAUCCGGGUGAUCCAGUUGACCUCCAUGUCGGAGAACGCAUCCAACUUGAAAAAUCGCAAAAACCUUUGAAAAUUUCUAUUUUUUUUGUGAAAGCCGGAUUUCGUCUUGUUUCUUAUUCUUGUUCAACAUAACACAGCUUGCUGCAAAAUUACAGCUCAAAAAGUAGCAAGCUGGAACCCUUUGAAAAAAUUUCUGACGUUUUUUUCUAAUUUUUUUCGUUUUUUUCGGCAUUUUUUUAAACUUUUUCGCUCUAACUAGUAUUAGAACCCCCUGAAUGCCUGGAUUUUUUUAUUUUUUUCAAUCGACGCAUUAGGGUCUUGUGAGUAGAGAAAAGGUGUCUAGAAACUCUGAAUCCGGGUGAUCCAGUUGACCUCCAUCUCGGAGAACGCGGCCAACUUGAAAAUGACUAAAUUUUUAAAAAUCAGUUAUUUUCUUGGGAGCGGGAUUUUCCCUCACAUCUUUUUGCCAAUCAGACACAAUCCACUCAACACAAAAUUGGAACAAAAAGUUAUGGCUCUCAAGCAUGACGAAAUUUUUCCAAUUUUUUUCACUUUUUUUCGGAUUCAUUGUUUUUUUCUUUCCUUUCCAAGUAUUGAGCUCUAGUGGAUUAGGAUACCUGGAAUGCUUAGAGUUUUUUCGUUGUACUGAUCCGUUAUAUCUUCCCAAGUUCUUUAAAAAUAUUCCCAAGCUCUGUUUCCGGGUGAUCCAGUUGACCUCCAAGCAACCGAAGCGGUCGACCUCGAAGUCGAGCGAAAUUCAGAAAAUUUUCCAAACCGUUUUUUUGCUUUCUAACCAGUAGUUCUCCUCAUCUGGAGGGUUUUCAGUGUAGUCUCCACCAAUUGCUAGCGUCAAUUUUUUUAUUUUUUUAGCUCAUUUUUUUAUUUUUUUGUCAGAAUUUUUUUAAAAAAUUUUCGACGGGACGCAGCCCCAGCAAUAUCCCUGUCUGUCGAAUAAUCUGGAAUUCCCUGGUAUUUCGCCUAAAAAAAGUUCUAACUUACGUAAAGCCACUACUUACGAAAAAAAUAGUGAAUACUAUUUUUGUGAAAAAGUAAGAAUCUUGUUUGUCGAUACCAAUUGUUUGAAUUUUUGAGUUUUUUUCAAGAUGAAUCAUUUUUUUGUAUUUUUGCACGGAAAAAUGUUCAAGUUUUCCUAUUUUCGAGGUUGAACAAAUUUUCUCAUACAGAAAAAGAAAAAACUAUUUCAACCGAAAAAAAUCAAAAUUAAAAAAAUAACCCUCCCUUGAACUUUUUGCUGAAACUUUGCUGAACUGUACUUUAGGACUUCCCGAUUCCAGAACAAAAAGAAAAUUUCUCGCAAUAUAUCCCGUUUUCCAGUUAUGACACUUCAAAAACCCGAAAUAGCGCUUUUUUGUCAUAAUUUGCGUAUUUCGAGGACUUCGAAGCUCUAUAACUCGGAAACAAGAUCUAUUGCGAGAAAUUUUUUUCUUGAACUGCAAUCAGGGGGUCCUAAAGUACACUUCAGUAAAGUUUCAGCAAAAGUUCAACCGGGGGGUAAAAAACGUUCCCUGGUAAGUUAUUUCAAUACAAUAAGAUAUCUGCGUCUAAACUUCAUUCUCAUAAGAGGUAAGUUAUUUUUUUUUACAAGGAAGUUGAUUUCACUUGUGGUUGAGAAAUUCCUGUAAGUCAGCCAGGAUACUCCUUAAUGUACCAGAUAGAGAUCCUGCAAGAAAAUUAACCUGAACAACUUUUUAGUUCUCGAGAAAAAUUCUGAACGCUGAAUAAAACAAUCCUAGUCUUCAAAAAUAAGCCAUUUUUCGAUCCUGAGUUUUCAUUUCUUGAAAACUAGAAAGUUGUUCAGGUUAAAACUUUCAGGAUAUUUUUCUGGUACAUCGAUGAGUAAUCUGGCAAACUUUCUGAGAAAUAUUAACCACAAAGUAAAAUGCCUUUCCUUGUGAAAAAAUUUCCUCGAGUAGAAACGCGUUUUUUUGAAUUUUUUCCUAUUACAAAAUUUCGAAACUCCAUUGAAAACCUUCCAGAUGAGGAGAACUACUGGUUAGGAAGCAAAAAAACGGUUUGGAAAAUUUUCUGAAUUUCGCUCGACUUCGAGGUCGACCGCUUCGGUUGCUUGGAGGUCAACUGGAUCACCCGGAAACAGAGCUUGGGAAUAUUUUUAAAGAACUUGGGAAGAUAUAACGGAUCAGUACAACGAAAAAACUCUAAGCAUUCCAGGUAUCCUAAUCCACUAGAGCUCAAUACUUGGAAAGGAAAGAAAAAAACAAUGAAUCCGAAAAAGUGAAAAAUUGGAUUUCGUCAUGCUUGAGAGCCAUAACUUUUUGUUCCAAUUUUGUGUUGAGUGGAUUGUGUCUGAUUGGCAAAAAGAUGUGAGGGAAAAUCCUGCUCCCAAGAAAAUAACUGAUUUUUAAAAAUUUAGUCAUUUUCAAGUUGGCCGCGUUCUCCGAGAUGGAGGUCAACUGGAUCACCCGGAUUCAGAGUUUCUAGACACCUUUUCUCUACUCACAAGACCCUAAUGCGUCGAUUGAAAAAAUAAAAAUCCAGGCAUUCGGGGGUUCUAAUACUAGUUAGAGCGAAAAGUUUAAAAAUGCCGAAAAAACGAAAAAUUAGAAAAACGUCAGAAAUUUUUUUUCAAAGGGUUCCAGCUUGCUACUUUUGAGCUGUAAUUUUGCAGCAAGCUGUGUUAUGUUGAACAAGAAUAAGAAACAAGACGAAAUCCGGCUUUCACAAAAAAUAGAAAUUUUCAAAGGUUUUGCGAUUUUCAAGUUGGAUGCGUUCUCCGACAUGGAGGUCAACUGGAUCACCCGGAUUCAGAGUUUCUAGACAUUUUUCCUCUACUCACAAGACCCUAAUGCGUCGAUUGAAAAAAUAAAAAUCCAGGCAUUCGGGGGUUCUAGUAGCAGUUAUGAAUCAAAGACUGCGAAAAUCGUCAUUUUUCAAAAAACUUUAAUUUUUUUCUUCUGGAAGAAAAUUUUUCCCAGGGUCAGUUCUAUAACUAUAAAUGUUCAAAUGAGAACCUAUUUUGUUUUAAAAUUUGUUUGGACCAAUUUGAUCCACUAGGAAAAAAGUUUGGUUUUUACGGUGUUUUUUAUACAGUAAGCCUGAAAGUGGGCGGAGCCUAAUAAAACCUGGUUCUAAAUAUUCAAGAGAUUGUUCACUAUCUAUGAUAGCAAGAAGAGCUCUCAGGAACAAAGUUGAAAUUUUUGUACCAAAAUUUUUUGCAUUUGUUCGAUUGUCUGGGAGAACGCGUGUUAAAAAACUUUUAAAGAAUUACUGAGUAGGAUUUUUUUUGAAAAUUUAAACUUGCCCAUUUAUGGUUCUAAAUAGCCUGUUUUUCCUCAUUUCAAAGUCUAAAUAAGCCAUUUGCAGCUUCAAACGUGGCGCGAGAGCCUCGGAACGCCGAGCUCGGACCAGAUCUCCCAAUGGAGAGUUGGACGCCCGCCAACCGCCCGCAAGGCCCAACAGCUUCACAAACCUCGGCCACAACCUCGUGCUCACCUACAAGACCCUCUGGAACAAGGAUCAUUGA